GACUGAUAUUUGAAGAAGUGUUUUCAUUUAUCCAAGAAAAAUAUAAUGUAUCCAUCACAAGCUUCAUUCUUAUUUUUAAAUGUAUUUAUUUUUAUUUGUGGGGAAGCUGUACAAGGUAAUUGUGUACAUCAUUCUAAGGAUUCUCCAGUAGUUAAUGUUAUAGAAGAUGUAUCUAAUGCAAAAGAUGAAAUUCAAAGUAAUGAUACUGUUUUUAAGGAAGACUGUGAAGAAUCAUGUGAUGCUAAAACUAAAAUUACACGAGAAGAAAAACAUUUCAUGUGUAGAAAUCUGCAAAAUUCUAUUGUUUCCUACACACGAAGUAUGAAAAAACUAUUAAGAAAUAUAAUGGAUGAGCAACAAGCCUCCCUGGACUAUUUAUCUAAUCAGGUUAAUGAACUCAUGAAUCGAGUUCUCCUUUUGACUACAGAAGUUUUUAGAAAACAGCUGGAUCCUUUUCCUCACAGACCGGUUCAGUCACAUGGUUUAGAUUGCACUGAUAUUAAAGAUACCUUUGGCUCUGUGACCAAAACACCAAGUGGUUUAUAUAUAAUCUACCCAGAAGGCUCUAGUUAUCCAUUUGAGGUAAUGUGUGACAUGGAUUAUAGAGGAGGUGGAUGGACCGUGAUACAGAAGAGGAUUGAUGGGACAAUUGAUUUCCAGAGGUUAUGGUGUGAUUAUCUGGAUGGAUUUGGUGAUCUUUUAGGAGAAUUUUGGCUAGGACUAAAAAAGAUUUUUUAUAUAGUAAAUCAGAAAAAUACCAGUUUUAUGCUGUAUGUGGCUUUGGAAUCUGAAGAUGACAUGUUUGCUUAUGCAUCAUAUGAUACUUUUUGGCUAGAGGAUGAAACAAGAUUUUUUAAAAUACACUUAGGACGGUAUUCAGGAAAUGCAGGUGAUGCAUUCCGGGGCCUCAGAAAAGAAGAUAAUCAAAAUGCAAUGCCUUUCAGCACGUCAGAUGUUGAUAAUGAUGGGUGCCGUCCUGCAUGCCUGGUCAAUGGUCAGUCUGUGAAGAGCUGCAGCCACCUCAAAAAUAACACUGGCUGGUGGUUCAACCAGUGUGGUCUAGCAAAUUUAAAUGGCAUUCAUCACUUCCCUGGAAAAUUACUUGCAUCUGGAAUUCAGUGGGGUACAUGGACCAAAAACAACUUACCUGUCAAGAUUAAAUCGGUUUCAAUGAAAAUUAGAAGAACUUACAAUCCAUAUUUUAAGUAAUUGUAUGUUAAAUUGUAGUGCAAGUUCCACAGCUAUUUUUUGGUAUUAAAUAUUUCACAUAGUUCCUUUUUUUAAAACUUAGGGUUUCAAACAUAUUAGCUAAAAUUUAAUUAAAGAUGGCAUUUUUGUUAUGAAUUUAGUUAGAAAACUUAAAGUUUCAUAGCACUUUAUAAAAGAAUUAUGGAAUAUUGUAUGUUUUUACUACUAAUUAUAUUAAUGAUAUAUUACAAAUCUGUUUUAAGUGAAACAAUUUGAAAUUUAUAGUGCUUUCAAAGGAUUUUUGCCUCCUCUUUAAAGUUUAUAAACCAUAGUACAUUGUUAGGAAAAUUGAGGACAGUAUUUUACUUAUUUCUACAUUCAUUUUAUAAAUUAAUAACAUACUCAACUGAAAAUUGCCACUGAAGAUAGUUACAAACAAUACUUUUUAUGCAGAUUACUAUAUAAACUUCACAUGUUUAAAAAUGUUAUUUGUUGGUGAAGUUACAAUAUAUUUUACAAGUUUGCUGCCAAAAAUAAACCCCUUGUUUUUCAAUUUUA